UCAUCGGUUGUUGUGAAACUAUGUGGAUAUAAAUCAUGAACAUCAUAAAGGCGUCAUUAAAGAAGCACAAACCCACGAUUCAGCCCCCAUUAUCAUGCAAUUAAGAUUAUCAUUCUGAGUAAUUAAGGCUAACAAUUAAUCCGUACACCAUGGAAACUUGUAACUCCCCAUUAUGCUUUGUACACAAUCUCCAAUGAAACACGUUAAAAGUUCAAAGCCCAAUCUCGCUGAAACUAUAUAUGUGUGUAUACACACUCACAGUUACAGCGUACGGUUUUGCCAUUUUUGAAUCAUCUUCUGCAAAAUGGAUCCUAACUCUUUGGAACUUCUUUGUCCAAAAGCCGACAGUUCAUUCGAUCCUGAUUCGUUGUUCGAGAUGUUUUCCAUGUUGCCUCCUUUGGAAAAUCUGAUCAACUCCGAUGACGGAAAUGGAGAUUUUGACCUCAGUGGCUUUGAUGAUCCGUUCAAAGACAUCGACGGAAACAUCAUUUCAUCCCUCUGUGCUGAUUUCCAGAUCGAUACGAACACGAUGAACCAAUAUAUCGCGACUGAAACCGGCGGAUCUCAUUGCUUUUCCUACGAUUCUCCGUGCCUAUUAACGGGUCCGAAAGACUGCAUGAGCUCGAACGAGGGAGACAGAAAGAGGACGGCGGGGAAGAAGAAGAAGAGCACCAAGAACAGGAGGCAAGACAAGUUGGAUGUGUCUGAAAUCCGAAAGUAUUUUCACAGACCGAUCACAGUUGCGGCGAAGGAACUGAAUGUCGGUCUCACAGUUCUUAAGAAACGUUGUCGGGAACUCGGCAUAGUGCGUUGGCCUCACCGGAAGCUCAAAAGCCUCAACUCUCUCAUCAACAACGUCAAGAAUCUGGGGAUGCCGGUGGAUGAGGUGGCGAAUCUGGAAGAGCACAAGAGGCUAAUCGAGGAAGAGCCAGACGCUGAGCUCACAGACAGGACCAAGAGACUGAGGCAGGCUUGUUUCAAAGCCAAUUACAAGAGGAGGAGGUCACUUGUGUUGGGAAGUUUUUAGUUAAAUGAAAUUUCAGUUAGGAUUGUCUCAUCAUUUUCAUCUUUUGCCACAGUUUUUUUAAUCUCAUUUGUCCCAAAUGUUUUUUUUUUUUUUAAUUUAGUAAAAUAAGAUCUACCAUGAAUUUGAUAGUGCAGAUUUAGUGGUAGAUUACACAUCUUUUUCCCGAUUCUUUAAAUAAAGAUAAAUCACACAUUUAUGUUGCGAUUAUAUAAAGUUUUUUUAUAAUCUAAAAAUUCAUCCGGUUUUACA